AUGUCUGCGCUUGUCUUCAUGCUAUACGUACUGGUCUUGAUGUUCAUCAUCUGCUCAGCCGUUCUUGUGGCAGGCCAGGGGCUCUAUACCUACGAGCUCUGCGUUGCGGGAACAUGGGUUUGCCUGAUCUUCUACACGUUGAUCAAAGCUAUCAUGGUUGCCCGGCGCAUCUACUCUUUCCAGGAUCUUCAAAAGGAAGUCGAGUCAGAAUGA